AUGUCUCUCACGGCAUCAGCGGCCUCCGCUGCGCUGACGUUACUUGCCGACGGGCCCGAUGACGGAAGUAAGAGGCCGUGGCGUCCCAACGAUCCGGUGAAGGAACAGCGCGAUCUGUACACGCAAUUCGUGAUUAGCACCGCGUUGGGUCUCAGUGCCUUUUUGGCGUUCUGUAUCUUACGACCAAAAUGGACCGAGUUGUAUGCCGCGCGACGACGACAAAGAAAUGCUGCUUCGCGGUUACCUGAGCUUCCAGAUACCCUUUUCGGUUGGAUACCCGUUCUCCAUCAGAUUACAGAAGAAGAAGUGCUCCAGUCUGCGGGCCUAGAUGCAUAUGUCUUCUUGUCUUUCUUCAAGUUUGCGAUCCGGUUUCUCUUGGCUGUCUUUAUCUUCGCUGUUGCCAUCAUCCUCCCUAUGCACUACAAAUACACCGGUCAAUAUGGAGUUCCUGGCUGGGAUAACCCCCCUGGCAACAAGACCACGAGUCCAAUUGAUGGAAACGAAAAGGAAAAGCCGGUUACAGACCCUGCAUAUCUGUGGAUUUAUGUUUUGUUCGCAUAUGUUUUCAGUGGCUUGGCCAUCUAUAUGCUUCUUGACGAGACGAAAGUAAUCAUCCGCACUCGGCAAACCUAUCUCGGGAAUCAGACCAGCACCACUGACCGCACCAUUCGCUUGUCCGGUAUCCCGCACGACUUGGGAACCGAAGAUAAGAUCAAAGAAUUUGUGGAAGGCCUGCGAGUCGGCAAAGUUGAGAGCAUCACCGUAUGCCGGAAGUGGCGCGAGCUGGACGAAUUGAUCGACGAAAGAAUGAAAGUCAUCCGUGAACUUGAGAGAGCAUGGACAAAACAUAUAGGAUACAAGCGACCAAAGAGCGAUGGAAAUGCAUUGCCGCUGACCGAGCAACAACCCCGUGAUGCAGACGAUGAGCGAUCCGGGCUCUUGUCCGAACAUGAUAACGACCAUGUUUCGGUUUAUUCGAAUGAAAGACCCAAAGUUCGUGUCUGGUAUGGUCCAUUCAAGCUUCGUUUCCGGAUGAUCGAUGCAAUCGAUUACUAUGAAGAACAACUACGGAAGAUUGAUGAAUAUAUCCAAAACGCCCGAGAGAAAGAAUACCGUACUACUGAGAUUGCUUUCGUGACGAUGGAGUCAAUCGCCGCAUCUCAAAUGCUUGUCCAAGCGAUCCUUGAUCCACACCCGAUGCAAAUGUUUGCUCGGCUUGCGCCGGCGCCGGCAGAUGUUAUUUGGAAAAAUACUUACUUGUCUCGUACUCGACGAAUGGUUCAGUCGUGGUCCAUCACCUUCGUCAUUGGAUUCCUCACCGUGUUUUGGUCUGUCCUCUUGGUCCCUAUCGCCUCAUUGCUGGAGCUGAAGACCCUUGAGACGAUUGUCCCCCGGCUGGCAGAAUUCCUCCAGGAACAUCCGAUCAUCAAAUCGUUGGUUCAAACGGGAUUGCCUACCCUCGCAUUCUCGCUGUUGACGGUGGCUGUGCCUUAUCUGUACGAGUGGCUGUCAAACAACCAAGGAAUGGUUUCACGUGGUGAUGUCGAGCUGUCCGUUAUCUCCAAGAAUUUCUUCUUCUCGUUCUUCAAUUUGUUCCUUCUGUUCACGGUGUUUGGAACAGCGAGUGGUUUCUAUGGGUUCUGGGAAAGUCUUCGGGAUGCAUUCAAAGAUUCUACAACAAUUGCCCUCGCAUUAGCCAAUUCCCUCGAAGGCCUGGCUCCGUUCUACAUCAACCUGUUGAUUCUUCAGGGUUGGGCCUUUUCCCCUUCCGACUCCUCGAAUUCGGAAGUUGUGUUCCCGAGCUCGUGGCUGAUCUGCCUGUUCGGCCUGAUCUACUUCACAGUCGGCAAAUUUAUCUACAAAUACCAACUGCUGUAUGCCAUGGAUCACCAGCAACAUUCCACUGGCCGCGCGUGGCCAAUGAUUUGCAAUCGCGUAUUCGUGGGGCUAUUGGUCCAUCAGCUGGCCAUGAUUGGCGUUCUGGCUCUGCGCCGAGCCAUCACCCGGUCACUACUCCUGGUGCCACUUCUAGGCUUCACCGUUUGGUUUUCAUACUGGUUCGGGCCCGGGUGGUGGCGACAUCUCCCCUCGCCUUCUUCGACCCUCUCACCGCCAUCAGGCCUGGAUCGCGAUAGCCUUCCCAUCCAUAUUGGCGGACAGGACCUCGAAUUGCGGCUAAAGAAGUACGUCAACCCGAGCUUGAUUGUCCCGCUGCAUGCUGCCUGGCUUCCUGGUCGCAACCCGGCUCGAGGCAAUGGGAAUGGCGCAUCCGAGUUCGAGGUUCAUCAGACACAGAAUGUUUGA